UAACGGUUGUGCGUCGAAAAUGGCGGCGACUCGACGACAUCACGGAGACAACGUAGUUCAUUGUUACGCCGUCAGAGAGACGGGGAGCGUUGGUGUUUCUCUUUCAGUUCGGUCCGUGCCUUUUCCGGUACAUUCGCUAACAUGGGUCGUGUCAGGACUAAGACGGUCAAAAAGGCCGCUCGAGUCAUCAUCGAGAAAUACUACACUCGAUUGACUCUUGAUUUCCACACCAACAAGAGGAUAUGCGAGGAAAUCGCUAUUAUUCCCAGCAAACCUUUGAAGAACAAAAUCGCUGGAUUUGUUACGCAUUUGAUGAAGAGACUUCGUCAUAGUCAAGUACGUGGUAUCUCCAUCAAGCUGCAAGAAGAAGAGAGGGAACGUAGGGAUAACUACGUACCUGAGGUUUCCGCUCUGGAGCAUGACGUCAUCGAGGUUGAUCCUGAGACCAAGGAGAUGCUUAAGAUGUUGGAGUUCAGCAACAUUUCCGUUCUUCAGCUUGUACAACCGUCGACUCAUCAAUACAGAAGAAAUUAAACGCGUUACCUCUCUCCUUACGAUAAAAACUGUCAUGUUUUUUCAAUAAAUAUGAAAAAAACUGGCA